GAAUUCGAAUCAUACAGCCGACAAGUAGAAGACUUGAAGGAAAAUGUGAAGGACAUAAUGAUGGCAUCCAAAAGGGAUCCGCUGGAACAUAUUGAAUUCAUUAAUCUGUUAUGUCGGCUUGGUGUGUCAUAUCAUUUUGACGACGAGAUUGAAAACAGCCUCAAAGAAAUUUUUGAUGACCUUCCUAAUCUUCUCGAUAAGCAUGACUUUGAUCUCUACACUGUGUCACUUCUAUUUCGAGUAUUGAGACAGCAUGGAUUCAAAAUGCUUUGUGUUGUGUUCAACAAGUUCAAGGACACCAAUGGAGAGUUUAAGAAAACAAUCAUCGACGAUGUUAAAGGCAUCCUGAGUUUGUAUGAAGCUUCGUUUCUAAGUGUGCAUGGUGAACAGAUACUGGAUGAUGCCCUAGUUUUCACAAAGGCAAACCUGGAGUCUUUGGCUAUGCAAUCAAGCCCACGUCUAGCAGACCAUAUUAGGAAUGCUUUGAGCCGGCCCUUUCACAAAGGCGUACCAAGAAUAGAGGCUAGAAAAUACAUCUCUUUCUACGAAGAAGAUGAGUCUCGGAAUGACACUCUACUCAAGUUUGCCAAGAUAGAUUUCAAUCGAGUUCAGUUAAUACAUCGACAAGAGCUAUCCAUUCUCUCGAGGUGGUGGAAUGAUUUAAAUUUUGCUGAGGAGUUUCCAUAUGCAAGAGAUAGAACUGUAGAGAUCUAUGUCUGGGCAAAUGGAGUCCAUUUCGAGCCUCAAUAUGCUUUCUCUCGGAUGAUGGUCACGAAAUAUUUAAAAAUUGUAUCACUGGUAGAUGAUACAUAUGAUGCAUAUGCAUCUUUCGAAGAAAUACAACAUUUUACUAAUGCAAUUGAAAGGUUUGUUUCUUGUUACCUCAUGGUCUGUCUUUCUCUUCUAAAUCUUUCAUAAACAAAGAAGUCGAUACAAAGGCGUUCAGGAAAGGAAAUGGAAUUUU